CCCCCCAAGCAGGCGAAGCGCUCGCGGUCGGCGUUCUCCCACACCCAAGUCGUCGAACUGGAGCGGAAAUUCAGCCACCAAAAAUACCUGUCGGCCCCCGAGCGAGCCCACCUGGCCAAAAACCUGCAGCUCACCGAGACCCAGGUGAAAAUCUGGUUCCAGAACAGGAGGUAUAAAACCAAGAGGAAACAAGUGGCCUCCGAAAUCAGCAGACUGGGCACGCUGGCCGGGCGGGAGGCGGCCGAGCUCCCCACGGCAUCACUGCUCGCCCUGCGGGCCGGCUGGCAGUACCUGCCUUGCCUCUACUACUUGAACGAGGAUGGAAGAUUUUAG